AUGAGUCAAAUAUUAACUUAAAAAUAAUCAUAAUAAUAAGAAUAAGCACUAAUUCAAUAUUAUAUUUACCAAGACUUACAAAACUUAAUAAAUUUAAUAUAAUCAAGAAAAGCUGUACUUGAUUAUUUUUAGAAUGAUUUAAAUCAUCCAAUGGUUACCUCGAGUAAUAAUAAAAUACUUUUGUAAUUAAAUUUAUCAAAUGGAAUACAUUUUGAUUAAUAAAAAUAAUAUUCUAAAGAUAAAACCCUAACUGACUUUUUGAAAGAGUAAAGGAAGAAAGCUUAUGAAAUACUUAAAUAAGUUAUUGACAAUAAAGAUAAUUUAAUAAACAAAGGAGAUUCAUUAUAUUAAUCAUUAUAAACAUACAAAAGUAAGUAUUAAAAUUCCUAAUUUGGAUUGAAUGAAGAAUAUUAGUUACAACCAACUUAGUAAGAUAAUAAAUUUGACCAAAAUGUAUUAUCGAAAAUUAUUUCAUCAAUCCAAACUGUUGAUUUUGAUAUCAAUUAAAUCUAAGGUUAUUUUCCUGUUCCAAGUUAAAAAGAAAUAUUAUAAAAGGCCAAGUAUAAACUGUAUUUUAACUUAGUGAUUAUCAAAACAAAGCUAAAUAGAAGUUGAUUGAAAAUUUUCCAAAAAAUGGAAAAACUAAGAGUUAAAAUGGGAAAACUGAAUUUUAAAAUCCAGUUUUUAUUGAAGAAGAGAUGUAAAAAAAAGAAAAUGAUAAACACAGAAAAGCAGAAUUAAUUAACUUUUUAUUACUAUAAGGAUAUUUUAAUGAAAAGAAAAUUCAAUAUAAUUGUUACAAUUUAGUCUAAGAAUAAUUUAAUUAAAUAAAAGACUUAUUAAUUACUAGUAUUCAAUAAACCCCAGAACUACAAUUUGCUAAAUAAUUGUAUAAAGACAACAAUAAAUUAGAGGACGAAUUUAAAUUGUUUUUCUUUUUAGAAUUAUUUUAAGAAUACUAAGAAUGUUCUCGAACAAUUUAGGAUAAGGAGAAAAUUAAAAUAUUUAGAAAUUCUAUAAACGAUACCAAAGACAAAGCAAAUCAUAAGCAAUUCUUUUGUUAUUUAAAGAAGUGUGAAAAUUUUAUUCUUUAAUAGAACAAUCAUAAUUUACCUGAAGAAAAACAUUUUGAUUAAUUAUUUGAAAUAUUUUGUUAGUAUAUUUAUUGA